CUAAGGAGGUAGGAGGUAGGGAUAUACAUAUUGGGAGCACCAUAGCGUUGCUUCUGGACACUUCCUUCCUCUUUGUUCAUGCAGCCGUUUGACCUUUAGUACAUUCCAUUAGUAUCUAUUAGCACAUCAUACGUCAAUUAGCACAUUGGAGCACAUUAGCACGCCUCGGACUUGCUGUUUUAGAUCAUUAGCAUAACAUAUAUUGGCCUGAAGCACUUACCUGAAGCACUUACCUAAAGCACUUACCCAAAACAUAUAAGUAGGGAGUAGGGAAGCCACUCUCCCUUAUAAUAAAUAGAUAAAUAGACCACGAUGCGCCCGCAUAUUGUCACCUCAGCAGUUUUAUCCUUCUCCAGACUCAGCACAACCUCGGCCACCACACCUAAAACAUCAAGUCUAGCCCUCAAGACUCUCGCAGCAACUUGUUCCCAGAGAUCAUUGUUCACCUCCAGCGCCUCCCAGUGCCAACCUCCCAAGUCCCAAGCCAAAAACACCCACACACCUUCGGCACGCUUCAGUACUACCCCUAAGAUGGCCGCUCCUGUUAAGGCCGAGUCCUUCCUGGACCUCAUCAAGAACCGCCGCACCUACUACGCUCUUAACAAGGAGCUACCCAUCUCCAAGGAGCGCAUCGAGGAGAUUGUCAAGCAGAGCAUCUUCGAGGUCCCCUCAUCUUUCAACUCGCAGUCCAACCGCGUUGUCGUUCUCUUCGGCGCCGACCACGACAAGCUGUGGGAUCUCACCACCGAGAUCCUCAAGCCCAUCGUCCCCGCUGACGCCUGGGAACACACGGCUCAACGUAUGAGCGGAUUCAAGGCUGGUGCCGGAACCGUCCUAUUCUUCGAGGACCAGGAGGUCGUUUCCAAGAUGCAGGCCCAGUUCUCUCUAUACAGCGACAAGUUCCCCAUCUGGGCGCUACAGUCGGACGCCAUGAUCCAAUUCGCCAUCUGGACCGCUUUCACCGCCGAGGGUCUCGGUGCUAACCUUCAGCACUACAACCCUCUGAUCGACACCAAGGUCGCUAGCGAAUGGGGCAUCCCCGCCAACUGGCAGCUCAACGCCCAGCUCGUCUUCGGCGGUCGCGCCGGCGAGCCCGGCCCCAAGGACCAGCUCCCCAUCGAGGACCGCCUCAAGGUCUUCGGUGCUUAAACGCAAUACCAACAACCCCAUAACUGCCUUAGAUAUAUAUCCUCAAACCUAUAACGGUGUUAUAUAUGACAAGUUCGUAGGGAAAUACUCUUGGGAUGAAGGAACUCAUAGACACUGGUUAUUGUGGGUAGAUAGAGGGAGCGGUGGUUCGUUCGAGCCUCCGCCGCUCGAGAGUUUCUUAGACUACCUUGGAAGCGUUCAGCACCAAUUAGAAUAAAUAAAUUAGUGAAACCAAACGAAAGACUUGAUCAUCGAUCCGUUGCCUCAAGUGAUUUCAAGUGAUUUGGAGGUAAUAUAAGCACCUAACAUCUCCCUAGAAUAGCAUAAUUACUUAUAGAUAGCUUGGAGUUGGAUAACACACAUCCUUUCUCUAUGAUAUAUAAGUUGUGGUUGUCGGAAUAAAUAUAAUAAGCGCCUUUAUAAUAUGUACUGGAGAUGUUUAAUAAGG